AUACAUAGUAGCUAUUGAAACGUUUGCUAAUUAUAGACUUUGAUCUUUCGACGAUUUCGUCAUGAAUCCGGAGUGUGAGGCAGACAUCUAUAGUCCGGAGUGCCAGGAAUGGAUGAGCCUAGUGUGCGACCGUUGCAGGGAUCUGUUUGCCGAAGCAGCCACGGACAUCUGGGCCGCCUGGUGGCACGAUACCACAGCGCCGUUGUACAAGGAGGUGGCCGAUAUGACCGUCUAUGACUGCGAGAAGCUAAGGCAUUUGCUUGAGGUCCAAGUGGCCGCUAUCAGUCCACAUAAAAUUGCAGUGGAGUACAAGGAGUUUGCGUGGUGGCAAAAGAUCGCCCUGAUCAUCAUCUAUAUUUCCAUUCUGGUGCUGUUACUCGUUGUGUGCCGCCGUUGGCGUAAGACCUGCACAGCUGACAACCGGCCACCCAUUCACAACGAGCAAGAAGAUCUGCAGCUAAUCCCAGCCACAUCGAAACCGGAUCAGCCAGCAGGGCAUUGCAAACCGGACGAGACCGGAGCAAUACCUAAGGACUGUCCCAAGCCACAAAAGAAGCAGGGCUUCAAGGCAUGGAUGCAUCAAAUGUGCCGCCCGAUUUUCGUUCACAAUGAAGGUGCGCUAAAACGCCGACAGAAGAAGUACGAGGAGGAUAGGAAGCUCGAGCGCAUCCUCAACGAACGGAACAUCAAGAAGUGGACCAAGACUCGCGUCAAGGCUGAACGUAAGCGCGAAAUUGAAAAGGAGUCCAUGGAAAUGAAGGAAUUUAAGCAUACAACUAGAAAAUAAUGUCCUUAAACAUUGA